AUGAUCACCAGCUGCUCAACCAUAUCACAAAUGAACGGCUUCAACAACAACGAAGAUGACUUUGAAAGUUUAAUGACAAUCUCAAGUGCAAAAUUCUUCAAAUCGUCAGAAUCGUUCAGCAAACCGUUCGGUCCCAGAAGGAAUGGCACCAGUUGCGAAAGAAUCUUGGAGUCUUCUGUUCCUGGUGUACGGUCAAAGGAAACCAGACGCAACAAGUCUUGCGCUGCUGAAGCAGAGGCUUGUCUAACUCUCCAUUCUCUGUUUCCCAUGUUGAGCAACAAAUCUUUCAAUAUAGCAUCAAAAUUAUCAGUGACAACAUUGGAGUUUGGAAGAAGCGACGUCCAGAUAUCGUUCAUCGUUCUGGCAACGGACGGACUAGGAUCAAAUCUGUAUCUGAAAAGCUUUGGAAUCAAUCGAGACGACAGCUUAUCGUCGUUGGCAAUCAAGUUCUCCAGCUUGGUCUUAUCUAGAAUUGCACCCAAUCCAAACGCUAUUCCCUUCUUGGAAGACCAAAGAGCAGAGUUUUUGGCCAGAGACAUGAAUUUAUAA